AUAAAAGUACUUUAUUUACAUAACUUUAAAAGUGAUUCACAUUCCUUUCUUCCUCUAGUUUCACAUAAUGUCCGCCAAUAAAUCAUACACAUACAACUCCCAAGAACCAAUAGCCCAAACAAAUACCGAUGGAGUGCAUUUGCAAUUUGAAACAUCCAUCAACCAAAACGGAAAUAACCACACUGAAUCCCACAUUUUUAGAAGCAAUUCAAAGCACCAUUGAUGCAGCUGUAACCAAAUCUAUGGGGAGAAUCGUCGAGGAGGUAAGAAGCUUGCGGCGUGAUAUCGCAGAGUUGAGGAAUAGCAGAGACAAUGUUCCAUCAAAAAAGAUUAUGCCAGCGGAACCUUUAAACACAGUCGAUCAAUUUAUGGAAUUGGAGAGUUUACUCCAGAAGGAUGAAGAAUAUGCUAAAUUUAAAUCGGAACUUAUGCAAAAUAUUAAAUACACAGGAGCGAAAUUCGUCAGAACAGCUUGGCGCUCAUUGGUAUCCGAUGAAUGUGCUCAACAUUUUGCUUGGAGUGGAACGUCAGACAAAAAACCUGUCCGCGUCUUAAAAAUGUCUUCUUACAUGAAGUGAAGGGCAAUGACACUGAAUAUAUAAGUGGCACCAAGACGAUUUUUCAGUUUGCCAAAAAUAGACAAAAA